AUGGGCUUCUGCGCACUGCGAGGUGGUUCUGGUCCAGUCUGGCCACCUUCACUCUCUUGUCUUCUUCGCCUUCUCUCCGCCUUUGCUAAGAACACCUUGCAAUCUUGGCUUACCCAUCUCUACCACGUCUGCCGGCACGCCCACUCUGCUGCGACUGCGACAGAGCCCUUAUCUCCAGCCGAACGACCUAUCCACGGCCUACACGGCCCACCUCAGCAACCACCCCCGGAUACCCCGGAACCCCACUUUGUCCCCAAUCAGCGUUCGAAAUUUCGACAGGAAGCCGAGAAUUCCGGGCUCGGCACGUACUCCUACAACACUGGUACAAUGGCAGCGUCUGACGUUUCUGACCGAAGCACUCGUCCAUUCCUCUGGCACCCUUUGUCCCAAUCCCUCGACGGCAACAGAAUCGAACUCUACCUUGUCCCUUGCUGCUAG